UAGAGCGACACCCACGCAAGCCUACAGGGUAUACCCGGAGAGACAGGGACAACUCUCCGAAAGCCCGUUUGGAUCCUCUCUCUCUCUCUCUCUCUGCGAUCUCUUCCCAUGUCGCUGGCGACCUGCUGUUCCUAACCUUUGCCGAACGCUUCUCAACGCUAUCUCUUCUCUUUUCAAUUCCGAUCUCUUCAACUCAUCCAAUAAUCUCUUUACAGGGAGGAAUUGAGACUUUCGUCUGAAUAGUAAUAGUCUGUGUUCAGUUAUCGCCGAUGGCAGCACCACCAGCAAGGGCUCGUGCCGAUUACGAUUAUCUCAUUAAGCUUCUCCUUAUCGGAGAUAGCGGUGUCGGGAAGAGUUGUUUGCUAUUGCGAUUUUCUGAUGGUUCCUUUACCACCAGUUUUAUCACCACAAUUGGCAUUGAUUUUAAGAUAAGAACCAUUGAACUUGACGGAAAGCGCAUUAAGUUGCAAAUAUGGGAUACAGCUGGUCAAGAGCGAUUUCGAACAAUCACAACAGCUUACUACCGUGGAGCCAUGGGCAUCUUGCUGGUUUAUGAUGUUACUGAUGAAGCAUCUUUCAACAAUAUUAGGAAUUGGAUUCGUAACAUUGAACAACAUGCUUCUGACAAUGUAAACAAGAUACUUGUUGGCAACAAGGCUGAUAUGGACGAAAGUAAAAGGGCCGUGCCUACCUCCAAGGGUCAAGCUCUUGCUGAUGAGUACGGUAUCAAAUUCUUUGAAACUAGUGCUAAGACAAACAUGAAUGUGGAGGAGGUUUUCUUUUCAAUAGCAAGGGAUAUCAAGCAAAGACUCGCAGAAACAGAUUCUAAAUCUGAGCCUCAAACUAUCAAGAUUAACCAACCUGAUGCUGCUGCUGCUGGUGGUCAAGCCGCGCAAAGGUCAGCAUGCUGUAGUUAAAGAGAAUCACCAUCCACAGUCGUGUUCCCUUAUCUGGGUGCUAGAGUUAAUUUGAUGACACUAAAUCUGAGCCCUUGUAUUUGUCCCUGUAUUUUUCGACUGCAAAGGUGGUGUUUCAAUGCUAGUGUUUUAUUAGUCUUGCUCUGACUACUUCAUUCGCUUCACCUUCCUCUUCCAUUUGUAGUAUGACUAUAAGAAAAUAUUUUACAUAGAUUGUGAUAGAUUACCAGAAAAACUUAAUCUAUUGCAAGUUCAUUCUAAAUA